UAUUUCAUCCUGCAGACUUUGUUAUAUCAAAGUGAGAAGACAGGUUUUGCUGUUUUCCAAAGAAAAGAAGCUACAAAUCCAAGGAGUCGAUUUCUACUUUGGCAGAGAAUACAAUUUGAGAAGCUGCAGUUUCCCCAUUUAGGCAACGUGAACACAUGAGUCCACUGAAAUAAGAAAGAAGGUUGCUUUCAUUUUCACUGCUUUGCCUGCCCAGGGAACUGAAGCAGCAAUGGCUGACAAGAGACCUCAAGAAGAUCCUAUCAACAUGAUGAAGUCAAUUGCAAAGAACUUCCUUGAUGACAUUUUUGAUGAUUUGAUGGAAAAGAAUGUAUUAAAUGGACACGAGUUACAAAGAUUAGGGGAAAGAGUGAAACUCAUCGUGGAUAGGACUGAAAGCCUAGUUGAUGAUGUCACUGAGAAAACUGAAAUAGCAGGCAAAAUACUUAUGGACCGGAUCUUCAACACCAAGAGACAACUGAGAUUAAAAUCUCAUCCUGAAAAUGAAGAUAAUGAACCUGAGAACAGUGAAUCUUCUUCCUCAACAGAAUCUGAAAAUGAAAAUGAAGAAAAUGAGGAUGAGCAAAAGGCUGGAUCACGGCAGGCAUUGGCUGUCCCUCCAACAGAAUCUGAAGGUGAAAAUGAAAAUGCUAAACCUGAGGAGCAUGUUGGAUUGUACCAGGCAUCAGCUCUACCUAUGACAGCUCUCCUGGAAACCCAGGCUUCCCAACCUAAUCAUAAGUUAAAGCUUUGUCCUCCUGAUCUUCUGCAUGAACUGAAGACAAAAAAGGCAGAUGAGAUAUACCCAGUAAUGGAGAAGGAGGGCAGAACACGCCUGGCCCUCAUCAUCUGCAACAAAGAAUUUGAUAAUCUUCAUAACCGAUAUGGUUCUGAAGUCGAUCUUUUGGGGAUGCAAGACCUACUUGAAAACCUUGGAUACUCAGUGGUUGUAAAAGUGAAUCUUACAGCUCUGGAAAUGGAAAGAGAACUAUUACAGUUUGCUGCCCGGCGAGAACACCAAUCUGCGGACAGUACAUUCUUGGUGUUUAUGUCUCACGGCAUCCUGGAAGGAAUCUGUGGGAUAAAGCACACAGAACAAGAGCCAGAUAUACUUCAUGAUGAUACAAUCUUCCAGAUUUUCAACAACCGUAACUGCCAGAGUCUAAGAGACAAACCCAAAGUCAUCAUCAUGCAGGCAUGCAGAGGCAGAGGUGAUGGGACUGUUUGGAUAACUGACAUGGGAAGAGCUUCUGCAUAUAGAUAUGACCAUACCUUACAGUGUUACAUCUGGAGUGAUGCGGUUACAAAGACCCAUGUAGAGAAGGACUUCAUUGCAUUCAAAUCUUCAACUCCACAUAAUAGUUCUUGGAGAAUGGGUACAAAUGGCUCUCUCUUCAUUUACCAAAUUAUCCAGCACUUCAAAGAAUAUUCUUGGUGUCAUCAUUUGGAGGAGAUUUUUCGAAAGGUUCAGCGUUCAUUUGAGAAACCAAGUGUGCUGGCUCAGAUGCCCACAAUUGAAAGAGUGUCCAUGACACGGUAUUUCUACCUCUUCCCUGGCAAUUGAAGCUCUUAUGAAACUUCUCAGAAAAAAAAUGAAGGCAUUCUGGUCUCUACUUUUUUAGUAAAGAAUAUAUUACUUUAAAAGGUGAUUUUUUUAAUGAAGAAUAUCUGUACGGAGACUUGACUUGUGGUGGUGAACAUACGAUACAGUAUAUGGAUGAUGUAUUGUGGAAUUGUGUGCCUGAAACCUAUUUAAUUUUGUUAUCUAGCAUUACAAAAUACAUUUCAGUACAAACAGAAAAAAGAGAAUUUUUCAUACCAAACUCCUAAUUGCCCACUCUCUACAAAUACCAGGCUGAAGUCAUUAUCACACUGUUUUUGAGUUAAUGUUCAACAAAAUUCCUUUAAAAGUAUGCUUGCCUUCUCAAUUUAUCACAAAGAUAAUUCAUACUCACUGAAAAACAACAUUUAAGCAUAGAGACACAUAAAAAGAUUUUUAAUGAAGAAAUAAAACUUAAACUUUUUGUAACUCUACUUGUUAAAAAAUUCAACUAAUUUUUAUAAGAUUUUCUUAAUUUUGGACAAUCAGUUCUGUAUGUUUUCAGGACAACCCUCACUAAUCACAGUAAAAAAUGCCCUAAAUAUUAUUUUUGAUUUUGUAAUAUUCCAUCAGGCAUUAUAACAUAUAUUAUUCAAAUUUCACUUACUUUUUUCCUAUUCUUUUUUAAUUUCUUUUUUAUUGUUGUUCAAGUACAGUUUUCUGCCUUUUCUCUCCACCCCAGCUCAACACCCCAAACCUUCCCACCUUCUCCUGUUUCCAUGCCCCUUUGCUAUUUUCCAUGUGUGCUUUAUAUAAAUUUUACUUACUUUUUAAAAACUCCUCACCCAAGGAUACAUUUAAUGAUUUUAGAAAGAGAGGAAGCAGGGAGGAAGGUGGGAGAGGGAGAGAGAGAGAGUGAAAUAUGGAGAGGAGAGAGAGAAGCAUCAUUGACAUUAGAGAGAAACAUUGGUUGCCCUGUUCACACCCCAACCAGUGAUUGAACCUGCUGGCUUUUGGUGUACAGGACAAAGUUCAAACCAACUGAGCUACUCAGCCAGGGCUAAACUUUACUUACUUUUAGUGUCCUUUGAAAUAUUUAUUUUCUAUACACUGUGUGAUGAUGAAUAUUUUUAUACUUUUAAUUUGUCUAAGUAUGUUUAUUUUCAUAUAUUUCUAAAAGUGGAAUUUCUAGAUGUGGGUAUAAAAUACUUUUACACAUUUUACUGUCAAAAAUUUAUGCCAAAUUAUAUGCACAUAAAAUAUCUAAGAUAGUGACUGACAAAAAAUUAAAAGUCUGUUUAACAAUUUACUAUAGUAAUAGAUGAAAAUAGUAAAUUUCAUUGACAUUUUUAUUAUUAUUGGAUUUUUAGCAUUUUUAUUUUUUAUGUGAAUUAUUAAUUUGUGUUUUCUUUAUGUUGUUACAUGUUUUAUGCAUUUUUAAAUUAAUUUUUGUAAGAACUUUCUGUUUAAUAACAUUUCAGUUAAUGGUCAUAUGUUAGCAAGUGUUUUUUGUUAGUUUGGUAAUAAAUUUCAUGUAUGAUGUAUGUAAAACAUGCAGAUUUUUAGUAAUUCUUUUACAUUUGUUCUUCUUUGCUUCUAUUUUUUAAAUUUAAAUACUUUACUAUUCCAUCUAUAAUUUUUAAAAAUUGUUUCUAAGAUUUGUUUAAUACUUCUCUAAAAUAUAUGUAAGUUCUUUGCUGUGAACUAUGGAUUUUUAUUAUUAAGGAUAUUAUUGAUUUAUACCCUAAGAACCUUGAAACAUCAAUUCAAAAAAACCUAUGCACCCCAUUGUUCAUAGCCGCACAAUUUACAAUAGCCAAGUGCUGGAAGCAACCUAAGUGCACAUCAGUAAAUGAAUGGAUCAAACAGUUAUUUUACAUUUAUACAGUGGAAUGCUAUGCAGCAGAAAGAAAGAAGGAGCUCCUGCCCUCUGCAACAGCAUGGAUGGAACUGGAAAGCAUUAUGCUGAGUGAAAUAAGCCAGGUGGUGAAAGACAAAUACCAUAUGAUCUCACCUAUAAGUGAAACCUAAUCAACAAAACAAACAAACAAGCAAAAUAUAGGCAGAGACAAUGAAAUUAAGAACAAACUGACAGUAACCAGAGGGGAGGUGGGACGGGAUAAUGAAGGGGAACGGAGAAAGGAUUUUCAGGAACAUGUAUAAAGCCAAGCAUGGACAAAAACAAAGGGGAGUAAGAUCAAGGGUGGGAAGUAGGGAUGGCUGAGGUGGGGAGGUGGGGGUAAGAAAAUGGAGAUAAUUGUGCUUGAACAACAAUAAAAAAUUAAUUAAAAUAAUAAAUAAAACUAAGUGCUGAUAAAAAGGAUAUUAUUGACUUUUUAAGGAGUGUAAAUAUAUACUACAUAAAUCAUUUGUCAUUUACUUACAGAUGCAACAUUGUCUUACAGAUGCAACAUUGUCUUUAACAUGAACAUUACUGGGCUAUUUGUUUUUGGAGAAUAUAAAUAAAGGUACUAGAUUUUAGUAUA